AUGCAAGACGCCGAUGAUGUAUCGCGGGACAGUGGGAAGCGCCGGCUAUCGGGGCGCAUCCACAUCCUAGGCCUGGGGAACGUCGGCACGUUUGUCGCGCACUCACUAGCCAGUCGCCCGUCUCCUCCACCAGUUACUCUCCUUCUGCACAAUCCGGAUCUUUAUCGGGCUUGGCUGGAGAAGAAAAAGUGUCUGGCUGUCAAUACUAAUGGCCUGGAUGAUAUCAAAACCGGCUUCGACGUCAACGUCCUGCAUGAUAAAACCUGGCAUUCGAUUCCCUACUGGAACAAGGAUGGCUCCGCGGAGCAUGGCAAGGGGACCGCUAACCCGGAUCCCCGCGAGGAGGAGGUCGAGGAGUCCCUGUCCCAGUCCAUGGAAGAUGAUGAACAGAUCGAAUGUCUUAUUGUCACUGUCAAGGCGCCCAUGACAGCGGUAGCGCUCGAAUCCGUCUCCCACCGCCUGACGCCCGAUUCGACCGUGUUGUUCCUCCAGAAUGGCCUGGGCGUAAUCGACGAGAUCAACCAAAAGGUCUUUCCCGAUCCGCGAUACCGGCCGCACUACAUGUACGGCAUCAUCUCCCACGGCCUUGCGCGCAAGGACUCAUUCCAAGUCCUCCACACGGGAGUCGGGACGACGAUCCUAGGCUCUGCCCUCCCCGCCAACGCAGUCGGCGAAAUGCGCGACAAGGACGUAGAUGUUGCCCCGAGCACCAAGUAUCUCCUGCGCACGUUGACCCUUACCCCGCCACUUGUUGCGGUCGCCGAGACGCCGUCCUCGCUGAUGCUUUACCAACUGGAAAAGCUCGCGCUGAACUCCGUCAUCAACCCAUUGACCGCUAUCAUGGACUGCAAGAAUGGCGAGCUCCUCUACAACUACAGCUUCACCCGCAUCAUGCGCUUGUUGUUGAUGGAGAUCUCCAGCGUCAUCUGCGCCCUGCCCGAGCUGCAGGGCAUUCCCGGCAUCGAGAGCCGGUUCUCGCCGGAACGUCUACGCUCGCUAGUUACGCGGUUAGCUGACAAGACCGCAAAGAACACCAGCUCCAUGCUACAGGAUGUACGAGCCCGGAGAACCACGGAAAUCGAGUAUAUGAAUGGCUAUAUUGUUCGUCGAGGCGAGGAGUUAGGUGUGAAGUGUGUGGUGAACUACACGAUGAAGCACCUGGUGCUUGCCAAACAGCAGGGCUCGAAACAGAGAGAAUCUGGUGCGAUUCCUAUCGACAUCCUUGGCGGGCCUAAAGAGCCCAACACUUGA